UCAGUGCCUCGAGGAGGUCAGCCGUCGACGAGUAGGCAGACGCCGCUCUGCGCAGCUGAUCAAGAGAGUGAAAGGCCACACACAGACGGUGCAUCCGCCGUCCACAUCUUAACUCAUUUCUCCCCCCAGGCCUUACCACUGCGAUAUCAUUGGCUGUGAGUUGGAGACGCACGUGCCCAUACUCCUGAUGGGCCCGCUGUGUAUAAUGAUGCUGACCUUCCGCGGGGGCGCGAAUCGCCGAAGCACGGCUCCCUUGAGCUCAUCCAGCUGGAAGCGGUGGUUCAGGACGACCGUCAGCUGUGAGAUGGACUCAAUCUCGAGAACCGACCAGAUGCUCGACAGAAUGAAGGCGCCUGAGUCGACAACAUCGGCCGAUGGCACUGAAAUCGGUGAGACACGACACACACAGAUACAUCAAGUGGUGGAAUAUUCUUCCCAUCUGUUCGACACUUACCGUCUAGGUGCAUGACCAGCUUCUUGAUGUGGGGCAUUUGGUCCUUGUGAUCGCCCAGUGUGAUGCCCUCCCUCUCGUCCUCGGCCUUGAUGAACUCGUACCGGCCCUCAGACACAUAGCCCAGAUACAGCUCGUCGAUCGCAGCACAGCCCCCGUUGACGAGCACCUGACGCAUCUCUGUCUCUCCGCCGGACAUGGCGAGGGUGUCCAGCGAUGAAUGCAUAUGCUGCGUCAGGGCGGUCGCGAACCGCAGGGCGACGUCUCCCUUGGCCGUGAGCAUCUUGACCUUCUGCAGCCGCUGACUGAGGCCGGGCGGCACAUGAGGGUGAGGGGCCCUUGGCUGCAAGGAAUUGAGCACGAGAUGCCGCGGCAUCUUCCAUACGGAAACGCGCACCAGAAGUCCCAGCACAUCCGUCGGCCCCAUGCCGGUCAGCUGCAGCUCGGUGAGAUGCGCUCCCUCGCUCAGGAUCGUCUUGGCCACCCCCAGGCCGAUGCGAUGGUUGACGAUCAGAGUCCUCACCCGCUCGACUCCGACCCUGUUGAGGGCUUUGAGCUCGGGAGGCUGGCUCUGGUGGGACGGCAUCAGCGGCAGGGGCGAAACCCUCCGCACAGUCGAUGGAAAUACUGCCGGCCGCACCCCACCACCCGGACUCGAAGACGAGCGCGCACUCAUCCUCUCCCUGCCGAUGUCGCUGAUUGCUCCCUGUAGCUGGUCUUGUGUCACCCUCCAGACGUAGUGGCAUGGGCGACUCAGUCCUGGGCCACUGGUCUCGAAUUUCGGGCAGUCGAUGUGGCUGUGUGAGCUGUCGAGGCGCACCUUGUACGCACUCAACAAGGCAUUGACGAGUGGGAGGCUGCAGCUGGGCAGGUUGGUAAAGUCGAAAUGUGUGUAGGCCAGCAGAUGGGGGAGAGAGAUGUCUCGCAACACGCCGUCAGGGGAGAUGAUGCUGCAGUCGACCUUGGCCGAUGGCGAGCAGGUCGUGUCGAUGAGCGAGGCCAGGGCCUUGAAUGUCGCGAAGUUGCUGAGCAGCAGGUCAAGGCAGUCGCUGCGAUGCACCUCUAUGCGCAGAAAGUCGAAGGCCUUCGAGCAGCCUCGAUGCACCAAACACUU